CACUCAUCAAAUUUUCAAUGCAACAAAUAAUGUAAAUAAACAUACCGUACAUAUGCUUUGAGGCCCUGUACUACUCUUGUCGAUCCAAUGGAGUGUAAACAGAUAUCAGUACGGUAUACCACCUAGGUUAGUACGUACAUGGUGGUAGGCAUACAACGUAUAUACAACCAUGUGGGCGGUAUCCUCUCCUGAAUAGGAUCAUCCAUCAGCACCCUCUUGGCACCACUAAGACGGCGAGCUCACACAGACCUAUAUACCUUCAAGUCUGAUCCGAGCUUCGGUUGGUGUAAGGCCUAUCAGUGAGAUCCUUGAGAUCCUCUUAUUUUCUCGUUUCCUAUUUCGUAUUGUACACUUUCGGCGCCCAAAUCGGAACUUUGCCUAGUUCUUGAAUAUAAACCAUUCGCGUCCUUUUUUUCUUGCUCCCUGCCACUUAGCUUUCUAGAAUUCCGGAUAAACCAACGAUGCCAUCGUCAAGCUACCCCAAUAGCAACGGCAUAUCACCAGACAAAUUGCUCCCGGCCUUGCAUCACGCCAUCUCGGGCUCCGCCGGCACGCUCAUCUCGACAUGUACUCUCUAUCCUCUUUCACUAGUGAUUACACGGCUUCAAGUCCAAAGGCAAUUACGCCGAGAGGGCCGCCUCAACCAAUACGACCCCGACGGCACUACCACAAGUCACCACGGUCAAGAGGAAGCAACCGGUCUAGCACAAGAACCAACCUCCGGUGGCAUCGCAGAGGCUUUUUCGGCGAUCUGGAAUUCCGGUGGCGGGCUGAAAGCGUUCUAUACUGGCCUGGCUCAAGAUGCAGCCAAAUCUGUCUUGGACUCUUUCCUCUUCUUUCUCUUCUAUGAGUGGUUCCGCAGCGCUCGGCUCUUCAGCCGGGCCCGGGCAAGGGGAGGGAAGGCUUCCCUCGGUGUGCUUGAGGAGGUGGCCGUCGGUAUGGCCGCCAGUGCCUGCUCCAAGUUCUUCACCACCCCUUUCUCCAACAUAGUCACCCGCAAGCAGGCGGCCUCUCUCAUGGACGACGACAGAGACCUCAGCACCCGCCAAAUAAUCAAUGCCAUCAGACAGGAGCAGGGUAUCCUCGGCCUCUGGUCCGGAUACUCAGCCAGCCUGGUGCUUACGCUGAAUCCUGGUAUUACUUUUUACCUGCAAGGGUUUCUCAAGACCAAGACGGUGUCCGCCGAGAAAUGGGACAACCCUGGAGCCCGCAUGACGUUCCUCCUGGCCGCUAUGAGCAAGGUCAUUGCCUCCACCAUCACCUACCCCUUCCAGACCGCCCAGACACGAAUGCAAGCCGGCAUUCCCCCCGUCCGUUCACGCAAGGGUUCUCGGUCAGGGGGCCACCGGGUGGAGGAAGAGCAGGCGUCCGAGGCAGGAGGCUACGGGGAGCCGGAGCCCCUGAUCGAGAUUCCCCCGGAGGAGAUGCCACCUUCUGACCCGACCUCGCACCGCAACAACGUCGCGCCGCCCGAGCGAGUCCUCGACCGGGACGCGGGCUACAACCUCAACCCCUUCCGCGCCGUCAAGAACCUCGGCAAGAACAGCAUCUUCGGCACCGUGGCGUACAUGGCAAAGAACGAGGGCGUCGGCUCGCUGUACGACGGCAUACAGGGCGAGCUGCUCCGGGGCUUCCUGGGCCACGGCACCACCAUGCUGGCCAAGGACGUCGUGCACAAGCUGCUGUUCAAGCUGUACAUCAUGCUGGCUAGCAUGCUGGUCGAGGUGCGUGCUCGCAGGGCCAGGGGAAGGAGUAGUGAUACUCCGAGUGAGGCAAAUGCAAGUGCUGGUUCGUGGAUGGGUAGGCUGGGCAAGAUGGCGCGGCGGCAGCCGAGAAAGGGGGCGACGACGACGACGACGACGACAGUGACGGAGGAGACUUUCAUCGUACCUUCUGCCGAGGCGGCACGUUCGUUGAUGGAAGAAAGUGCUACGCGUUCGAUUGAGGCUGUGCCGGUAUCAAUGCCGACGCCAGCAGCCGCACCAUCGCUACCAGCACCGGUGACUUCGUCAGCACCAGCCAUAGCCCCGACCCCAGUCCAAGCCCCUGCUCCGGUUCCAGUCUCGGCACAUACACCUAGAUCCACACCUAUGCCUGAACCUAUGUCUAUGCCGGCGCCUACACCGACACCUGCCUCAGCAUUCACACCUAGGGCCACACCUACCGUCCCAUCCUCCGCCCUCGCCCUCGCACGCGUACAAUCCGCCUCAACCUCCGCCCCUCCCCCACCUCCCGCAUCCGCCCUCGUCCCCGCGUCGGCGCCCCUCUCAACCCUAGUCUCCGCACCCAUCCCAUCGUCGAUCGUCCCCGCUCCGUCCGCAGCCACCCCCUACAGCUCGACCCCGCGCUACACGCCUCCCGCAUUCUCCUCCUCCUCCUCGCGGAUGCCUGCCCGGGACUCCGCUCCCGCCUACGCCUCUUCUCCCUCCUACCCAUCAUCAUCCCCUUCCAACAACUACACCUCCUCCUCCGCCCCCGCAGCGUCGUCAAGCCCAGCCCCCCGCCGCCGCGCCCUCCGCGCCCUGCAGUACCGCAUGGACAACGCGCCGUCGUACGAGUACGAGCAGAUCCCGCAGUCGCUGCUGCCCGCGCUCGCUCACCACCGAGGAAUUGGUGGUAGCGGUAGGCGGGAGAGGCGGUCUUCGCUGUCGGCGUCGACGCAGCAGAAGGUCGAGGAUUUCGUGGUCAAUGUGGUGGCGAACAUGAUUGAUGGGACGCAGAGGGGUUUGAAAUGAUGAGGGGGAGAAAUGAAAACGAACCCCCCCCCCCCCCUCUGGAGAGAAAAUGAUAUGAAAGAAAAAGAAAGAAAAAGAACGAAAGAAAGAAAGAAAGAAUGGGGAAAUGGAAAUGAAGUAUAUGCAACAUGUACGAGAGACGAGAGAAUGUUUAUAAGGGGGGGAGAGAGAGGUAACCAACCAACCAACCAACCAUCUUACCCCCUUU